UUCUGAAAGGGACGGGACGCUCGGAGAGGGCAGGGUGGAAGGGCGCGGAGGUUCGCGGAGUGCCGCCCUGCUCCCGCCCCUGCUGCGUCCGUCCCGCGCCGUCCGGUGCCCGCCGGGCCCGACCCCGCCCGGCCCCCGCCCGGCCCCCGGCUCGCGCGUCCUUCGCGGCGCUCGCUGCCGCGCACGGGGCUCGAAAGAUGGAGGACUACGGGCGAUUCUUGGCGCUGCUGGCCUCUGCGCUGCUGGUCGGCUUCGUGUCGGUCAUCCUCUCCCUGGUCUGGGUGUUCCACUACCGCGAGGGGCUGAGUUGGGACGGAAGCCUGGGGGAAUUCAACUGGCACCCCGUCCUCAUCAUCACGGGCUUCGUCUUCAUCCAGGGCAUCGCUAUUAUUGUGUACAGAUUGCCCUGGACCUGGAAGUGCAGCAAACUCCUAAUGAAGUUCAUACAUGCUGGAUUAAAUACCAUAGCUAUGAUUCUUGCAAUUGUUUCUAUGGUAGCCGUGUUUGAAUUCCACAAUGCCAAGAACAUUCCUAACAUGUACAGUCUGCACAGCUGGAUUGGGCUGACUGCUGUUAUAUUUUAUUCUCUCCAGCUGUUCUUGGGUUUCGCUGUCUUUCUGCUCCCGUUUGCUCCAGUUCACCUCCGCGUAGCUCUCAUGCCAAUACAUGUUUAUUCGGGUCUUACCAUCUUUGCAACAGUGAUUGCAACAGCUCUCAUGGGAAUCACAGAAAAGCUUAUAUUUGCAUUGAAAAGUCCUGCAUACAGUGCAUCCCCACCAGAAGCAACUUUGGUCAACUGUCUUGGUCUUUUGCUUGUCAUAUUUGGUUCACUUAUUUUGUGGAUGGCAAGUAGGCCCCACUGGAAGCGGCCCCCAGCAGAGAAUGCUAAAAUUCUGAGGCCCACUGAAGCAACUCCUGAUGGCACAGAAGUAGAAUCCACACUGACAAAGAGUAGUAAUGCAGAUAAAUCUGAUCUGAGGAGUAAUACUGAAGCAGCCAGAAAACAAAACAUCAAAUUUGAUGAAGCAGGACAAAGAUCAACUAUGUAAAGAAAACACACAGAAUAAAAGUACUAUUAUACCUCCAAAUUCCCCCUGGUGAUGGUCCUUCUAAUGUAGUUAUAUUGAUAUGUAAGUAGGUUGGGGGUUCAUUUUUACUAUGGCUUGCUGAAAGGCACUCCAGUUUUCUGCAUAUGGAUUUAAAUUCCUGUAAGUCCCAAACAUAUUUUAUUGUUCCAUGACCAGUCCAUGCCUUGUUUAAAAAAACAAGAGCAUGAAUGACGUCACAUAAUGGGAAAAUCACAUAAUUGGAAACUGUCUUCUAUAUCACGUCUUAAUUUAAUGCUUAUAUCUCUUAUAGUCAUGAAAAAUUUAACAAGAUUCUGACUAAAUUUUGCUCUUGAGUGCUUUUGCAGGUUAUGAAUCAGCCAUGAAGUAUACCAUACAGAAUAAUUUCGUUUGUCACACACAAAUUUUCUGGUAAUGUUCACUUCUUUAAAGCUUGAUUUCUCUAGCUGAUUAACCCCCUCACCAGCUGCUGUGUUCUAUGGGAUUUGAGAUCAUUCCACACUUCACAGAGUUGCUUCAUAAAAGUGUUUAUUCUAAAAUUUUUAAUUAAAAAAAAAAAGUUUGCUAGAUAUCUUCAUAAAAUGUUAUAUUUCCUUUAGAAACUUCUGGGGGGUUUUGGUCUUGUUAUUUUUUUAAAUCAGAAUGUAUCUUUCAACAAAUUCUACCAAAUAUAUUGUAUAUGGACAAUAUUUGGCUUUAAAUUAUGUGCAAUUAUUAGUGUAAUCUACAAAAUGUUCAGACAUCCAAAUGCAGAAUUUGUCUUAUUUGAAAAGCUAUAGAAACCCACUUAGAAAAAUGUGUCACUUAAAGUAAGUCUUCUUUUUAUCCCAGAAGGCAGCAUUUUAGUAUCGUUAUUUGAUUGCACAGUUCUAUUGAUUUAUGGUACUAGACUAGAAAUUAGGAGGUUAGAAACCAGAAAAAUCUGCUAUCAAUCUCACAGAAAAAAAAUACCUUCAAGUGAGAAAUACUUCCCCAACACACAGGUGAGCAUUACUCUUUUAAUGAAAUGCUACUUGUUAACUGGGAGCCAAUUUUAGUAUCUCCAUACUGACAUCAAAAGCAUUGUUGUCAUAGGCGUGAAGACAUGCUUUAGUCUGUAAGCAGUCUAUACAAACUCUGUGACUUUUUAAUUUGAAAUUACAAUUUUAAAUAAGGCAAUUUUCUCUAAAUACUGAAGAGUCCCUACUGGCACUUUACUUUUACAGCUCUUUGUAGUAAUUGAAGUAUUAAUGUAUUAUGCUAUUCAUUAAUUUCACAAUACAAACAAUAUUUAUACUUUCACUACUAUGGAAGAAUAAUUAUAGUAGAUUAUUUGGAUUGCACAUAUCCAAAAUAAUGAGCCAUUCUAUUAUUAUCUCUUUGUAAAACCUGCAGAGCCCACUACAAAUACAAAUUUACUAUUUUUCAUGUUGGAAUAUAGAUAGUUUCAGACAGCAAAUAAUUUCCUAUUUUUUAAAUACUACAUACAUUUUUAUCUGCUCCAGCUUUAAAAAAUAUUUUAAUACCUUACUCUUCAACAUUUUUGUAGUUCAUUGUGUGCUAGUACAAACUAUUUUGGACAUGAGUUAUUUUGGGUUUUCUCUGACAAGAAGUACCUCAAGUCCUGUUAUUUGAUUUGUAAUCAUAUUUUAUUAUUUGGUGAUUGCAGGAUAGAAAACUAGCAUAAUAAAAUAUUUUAAAAACUUUUCUGCUGUACGAUUUGGUACUCAAGGACUACAUCCCAGAGUUCUGUUUUCACUUGUAGGUUUGUGGAUGACUGGAACCAAGCUCACACUGGUGUAUUUUUCCACUGUAGAAAAUACCUGCUUUUAAUGUGGAAUUCAGGUAUGACAGAAGGAACACUAACCUAAACUACAAAACUGUUGUGUGAGCACUCCUCCAGUCCCACUAUGUGCAAUGAAUCAAAUAGUGAAGCAUGACGGGAAAGUGAAUAAACAAGCUCACUUGCAGUAAUUUACUAUGCAGCUUUCUAUACCGCACUCACACAGGCAACUGGAUUUUAAAUUGUUAUAUACUUGCCUGUUACUGUGUCUCAUCCACCUGUGAAAAUGAGCUCACUCAAUCCUUGCAUAGUACUAGGUCACAUAAUAAAAGCAUAUGUUUAUAUGGAAGGUAGUCAGUUGCCUAGGGAUUGCUCUGGAAGAAAAGUAACUGUACAGUGUACUGGAAGAAACACAGAAUCUAUUACUUCUUUUGUUACAGUGCUGAGUUGAAUGUAUUGAAAUGAACAGCUUUUAGGUGGUUGGGUCUAUAUGCUGUUAAAUAACCAGCAUGCCUUCUGGCUUCCAUUGUAUUUCAUGUACUGUUCAAGGGAAAUGCUACUUGAAAAAAGAAUGGUGGCAUUUUUUUACUUCUCUAUUCUCAUGAAGUGUAAGGUACAAGUAACACCAAGGUUCAAGUACAAGUAACACCAAGGUUCAAACCUAUGGGCCUUUUGCUUAAGGGUUGGACUCAAUGAUCCUUCUGGGUCCCUUUCAAUUCCGACCAUUCUGUGAUUCUGUGAGAUAAAAAUAACUGAAAAUCAAGGAUUAAAAGCCUUUUGAGAGUGGGCUCCCAGAACAUAAUUUUGGUUUUCAACUUAGAGGUUAAACAUGAUAGUAGAAACUCAGCGGAAGCUGGAAUAUUCCAUUUGGGGAAUUUACAAUCAGUGGUAACUCAUGAACAGUGGGAUUAUGGCUGCUGAUCUUUGGAAGGUCCCCAUGAGAUGCAGUAACUGUGAGCUCCUAAACCUUGAUCAACCUUGGUGUAUGCAAUUUAAAACUGACAAAACAUACUAUAGACUUCUGGCUUAAUUCUAAAUUGAUUAAAAAGGCCUCUAAGUAUCCUUGCAAAAAAUGAGGCUAGUUCAAUGCUAAAUAAAAAAGCACAGGUGUUUGCAGAGUCAUAGUCCUAAACCUGCUCCUCAAAGUGGCCUUCCAUUAACUUUCCUUUCAUGCAAAUUUUCUUACCUGUAUUUAUGAGUAACAUAAAUACAGUAGCAACAGAGGAAAUGAAAAAAGUGUAUGGAGGUAUGGAAGGUAGAACUCUAGCUUUUUAAUGGGUAUUUUUCCACAUGUUUGGAAAUCAUCUACAUUGUUGUUUUUACAGGAAAAUGAUUGUAGAGCUUACAUUCCAGGUUUGGAUUCUUGUAAGAAACCAGGAAGUUACAAAACUUAACAUUGAAAGUGCUAUAUUCUUAAGAUGCCUGGGGAAAAAAAUACUAUAUUUACAUGAUGUCAUACAGUAUUAUGCACAUAAGCAGAAGAGUGUGUUUUCCAACAUUAAGGAACUGAGAAAUGAUGGUGCAAAUUAGAUUCUAAAAUUGAAUGUAAUUACAUGUGUGCUUCUUACUACAGGUAACCAAGAAUAUUACAUAUGGUAAUGUAAAUAUGGAUUGCUUGUAUACAUGGAUAUUUUAUUGAGUGACUAAGAGAUAUUGCCAAAUAUUUUCUAUUUCAGAAGUCUCUUUCUUUUGCUUUUAUUUCAGAAAAUGCCUUCCUCUGUUUUUAACUGUUCAUAAGAACUGAAAAACUUACUUUAUUAUCCAAAGUACUUAUUUGUAGAUGAAAGCAAAUAUUUAAUUAUAAUGUCUGUUUUUCUUAUUCUUUUUUAUAUAUUAAUAAAAGUGAUUUUUUGAGCUUGUGAUA